AUGAAAAAUAUGGUUAUAAAAAAAAUUCAAAAGGAGAUUGAAUUCAACAGGUGCUAUUCAAUUAUAGUUGAUGGCACAUAUGAUGUAUCGAAAUCAGAAGCAAUAGCUUUGAUAGUGAGAUAUGUUGAAAAUAGCGAGACACCUAAGCCCGUUGAAAGGCUGAUAGACAUUUAUUGUACGGGAAAUACAACGGGCCUCGAUAUUAAAAAGAAUAUAAUAUCCAAGCCUGGCUCCAUGAUUUUACCUCUUGAAUUCCUAGAUGGGCAAAGCUAUGAUGGCUACUCAAACAUGAGUGGAAGAAUCAAUGGAGUGCAGGCUUUGAUUAGAGCGGAGGCGCCAAAGGCAGCUUUUAUUUGGUGCUAUUGUCAUCGAUUAAAUUUAAUAGUUGUUCAAUUUUGCCAAUCAGUAAAAGAGCUGCGAAAUGUCUUGGGAAUAUUAGACGAAAUUUACGUAUAUUUUAAUGGUGUUAAAAGAUAUGAAGUGCUCAAAACAUGUCAGAGUGAUUUACUGACAAAAUCACAUAGAUUUUUACGCAUCAAGAAUACCACUCGAAGCUGGCUAACAUCAUAUAAGGCGAUUGUAAAUUUUUUCCUACUUUAUGAUGCUUUGAGGGCAGCUUUGGCAAAUUUAAAGGAUUCUGAAGAUCCUGCCACUUCCACUAUGGCUAGUGCUAUAGUCUAUAGAAUAGAAAAAUUUGAUUUUAUUUUAUCACUAUGUGUUUUGGAUAAAAUAUUGUUGAUAACUAGCUUGGCUUGUACAAAAUUGCAAACCAUUUCGAAGGAUAUAGGGUUUGCAAUAAAUCAAAUUCAAUUGGCAAAAGAUUGCCUGAUUAAUAUGAGAAAUAAUAACACUGAAUUUUUGGAUGUCUUUUCAAAGGCCCAAGAUUUUAUGAAGAAGAGAAAUUUACCUUUUGAUUUUGAAAGUUCAAGACUUCAAACAUUACAAUCCAAAAAGGAGAGCUUUAAAAUCAGUGUGUUUUAUGCUGCACUUGAUUUAAUUAUUAUGCAGUUUAGUGAAAGAUUUAACGAUGAAUCGAUAAAAUUUUUGAGUCAAACAUCAUUUUUUACCCCAAAGGGAAUGGCGGAAAAGGCAAUUGUUAAAGAUGAUAUCAAGGAUAUCUGUGAAUUUUAUCAAUUAAAUACAAGUCAAGUUUUUGAGGAAAUGUUGAUGUUUAGAAAUAUUUAUAAAAUGGCUAAAACGGGGGACGUAAUUAUUACUCGUGACCUAGAGGUUAAAGAAGAUUUGUCAGAUUCUGAGAAUUCUUCUUUUGAUGAUGAUAAUAAUUUUGAGAUGAAUGAUUAA